AUGGAGUCAUGCGGCUCAGUGGUGAGCAGCACGCUUGCCAUCUUCAUGGUUCUGCACCUGGGUCAGACCCCCAUUAUGGCUCAGCAAAACGACGUACAGAGCGGGGUCGCAGGACAGGCGGUGACCCUGAUCUGCAGAGGCAUACCUCACCACGCACAGGUCACCUGGAAGUAUUACAAAGUUCUUAUAAGGCAGUUUACGACGACCCAUCUGAGAGGCAAAGCUACCAUGACCGACCGAUCUGAAAUCAACUCCAGCAAUAAAAACUUGAAGGUGUCGGACUUAAGGCUCUCCGAUGCUGGCAUCUACACCUGUGAAUAUGGCUCCAACACAGUCAGUAUCUCACUGCAUGUCUUUAAAUUGACCAUCUCUUUAGACGGGCACUUCCUGCCGAAUGAGAUCGCUGAGCUGACCUUAACGCAAAAUUCAUCCCACCCUCUACCCGAUCUCGACAUCACAUUUUUUAACAGUAACAAUGACGUAGUAAGACCAGAACUCUCACGAGACAAGACCCGUGAAAAAUACACACUGAGGUUAAAUCAACUGGAGGCUACGGACAGCGGGACCUGGACGUGUCAUGUCCACUCUGACUCUCCACUGAUUGACCAGAGAAUCCCCUUUAAAGUAAAGGUAUUAGGUUUUCAGAAUCCAGACUUGGAAAGAAAGUAUGCAACUGCUGAUAGCACUGUCAUCUUGUCAUGGCACCUGAACUUCCAGAAAAUAAAAUGGAAAGCAGGCUUCACGGGACAACUGAACUGGAAACAACAGGAAAGUGCAACCGCUCAUGAGCUGCUUGAUUUCAACGUCACAUCACGGGGAGAGCAGCAUGAGACCAAAAAAAGCAGCCGCUUUCGGUUCGAGAUACCUGAAAGAAAACCUGACAGCACCAUAGCAGUGAAACUCCCCAAAGUCCAUUUCAACCACUCUGGGCAGUACCAGUGCCAGCUGGCGUACCACCAAAGACACGCACAGAGCAAGAUAGAGCUGGUGGUGAUGAAAGUCUCAGCUAACACUGUUGGGCCACUUCCCAGAGGGGCCGAGGUGACCCUGAUCUGUCAGGUCUCUAGCCCACUCCCACCCAACGCCCACUUGCUGUGGGAACGUGUGAACGGGACUCAGGCGGACGUCAAGAAGUCAAAGCCACAUGAAGCAAAAGUGGAGGUGAACGUCAGUGCUGCGGGGCUGUGGAACUGUCACCUCGUCGAAGACAAUGACAGGAAGAUCAGCCUUAAUUACCCCGUGGAGGAAGCUCCUGCUUGGAUUAGCUACGUGAUAACUGGAGCAAGUAUUGGAGGCAGCGUCUUGGUGUUUGCCCUUGCGUGCCUGUGCAUCAUCAGUGGCAUAAGCUGGCAGCGGAGAAGGCAACGGGCAAAAAAGAUGGCACGAGCAAGACAGUACUUGCUGGAAAACAAGACGUGUCAGUGUCAACAGUAA